CUCUCUCCCAUCUGCGUAUCUGGGAUCGACUCACCGGCCUGUUGCUGGACAGGCUGCUGCCCUCGCCCGCCUAGUCGCUGCCAGUACCACCUUUCAUCUUCCAGUAGAGCUGGUUGGACGGUUACAUCCACAGUUUUGUGAGCACAGCAGGGAUUCAUUAUAGCUAUGUCCGAGGAGGUUGAAGGAACGAGGACUUCGGAAGAACAGCAGGAAAUGGAGGACAAAGUAAUCAGUCCAGAGAAAGCAGAGGAGGCCAAACUGAAGGCCAGGUAUCCUAACCUUGGAGCCAAGCCUGGAGGCUCAGACCUUCUUAGGAAAAGACUUCAGAAAGGGCCAAAGUAUUUUGACUCUGGUGACUACAACAUGGCCAAGGCAAAAAUGAAGAAUAAACAGUUGCCAUCAGCCCCAACGGAGAAGACGGAGAUCACAGGGGGGCACAUCCCAACACCUCAGGACCUGCCUCAAAGAAAGACUUCAAUCGUGGCCAGCAAGCUGGCUGGUUGAUGGUUUUAUGAUUGCUGUUUUGUUACCAUUCCAACCCCCACUUCAUAUCUACCUGCUGUUUACGUUUUUGUUUAUUUUUCACCUUUGUAUGUAUUCUCUAAGAACAAGUUAUGUACCAAGCCAAAUUCUAGAGAAAAAUUGGCAGUUGUAAGGCACUGAAUUGUCAGUGAGGUAAUCCAACAAAGUAGUAGCUGAAAACGUUUCACAAGAUCUUAAAAAAAGACUAACUAGUAAUUUCUGAACAUGAUAUCAUACUCGUAAAUAAGAAUGGAUGUUAGUGCUAUCUUAUUUUCACUUUUAAGGAUAUAUGCCUCCAUGCAAAUUGCCUAACAGCAGCUCAAGAGCCUGCACAGAGGAUCUGUUUUCAUCACCACAAAGGCAUCUUGUUCCACCAUGUUACUGAUAAUUACAGAGGCAAAAAUAUUUAUAUAACCACAGACAGAGAAAAUAAACAAGUUUGGAUUGAUGUAUGUGUGAAGUAGAAGUGUAAUGGACAGAUAUGACUUUCAGUUUUAAACAGUUUUGAGUAUUCACCUGCUCAUAUGGAGGCAUGUCUGUUUAAAUGGUGAAAAGUGAAGUAAUCCUGCUUUGUUUUUUGCUUUCUAAUCAUUGAUUGUGUCCCUUCCUCUCUCUGUGAAGCAGUUUGAUUGUGCUUUCAUAUUACUGAAGAUUAGAUCACACACUCUUUGUAUCCAGUUGUAUUUUAAUUCAUUUUAGUGACAUUGGUUUGCAAAGAUAUUCUGCUGGUCUCCAUCUCAUCCUGACCUCUAAAAUGGCCUUAAGAGUAAUGAAUCGUUUUUCCACUUGAGCAAUAUUUGCUCCCUCAGUGAGAAUCUUAGUUGUGAGUUUUGCCUGAAAAUGUCUGUCACUGUCUGACUGGAAUCACUUAGGAUUUCAUGAAAAGAAACUCCCUUGUCUGGAGUGUGCAUGUGCAUUUACUGUGCAGUCACACUGUGCCAUUUGUUUUGUAAAUAAAAUAGUUUUGCAUAAUAUCUUACAAGUACACUUAA